GUGUGGCAGGGAAGGAUGAGAAACUCGGUUCUUCUGCUCUGCCUCUGGAGCGUCUAUUGUUGCUUUGCCGCGGGAGGCCCCGCACUCCUUGGUCCAGAGGGACCGCUGCAAGAUGAGCUCAACGAAUCCGAGGAUGUACAGGCUGCUGCCAAACCCUCCGUGAGGUUUAACCUCCGUAUCUCCGAGGACCCGGAGCACGAAGGAUGCUACCUUUCCCUCGGCCAUAACCAGUCCCUGGAAGACUGUGGCUUCAACAUGACAGCCAAAACCUUUUUCAUCAUCCAUGGAUGGACAAUGAGUGGCAUACUUGGAAAAUGGCUGUACAAACUUGUGUCAGCCCUGCAGACAAGAGAGAAAGAAGCCAAUGUCGUGGUGGUGGACUGGCUCCCCCUGGCCCACCAGCUUUACACAGAUGCAGUCAAUAACGUUAGGAUGGUGGGGCACAGCAUCGCGAGGAUGCUCGACUGGCUGCAGGAGCAGGAUGGUUUUUCUCUUGGGAAUGUUCACUUGAUCGGCUACAGCCUUGGAGCUCAUGUGGCUGGGUAUGCUGGCAACUUCGUGAAAGGCACGGUGGGCAGAAUCACGGGUUUGGAUCCUGCCGGGCCUAUGUUUGAAGGGGUGGACAUCCACAGCAGGCUGUCCCCUGACGACGCGGACUUUGUGGAUGUCCUCCACACCUACACACGUUCCUUCGGCUUGAGCAUCGGGAUUCAGAUGCCCGUGGGGCACAUUGACAUCUACCCCAAUGGGGGUGACUUCCAGCCGGGCUGUGGACUCAACGAUGUUUUGGGGUCAAUUGCAUAUGGAACAAUUGCAGAGGGGGUGAAGUGUGAGCACGAGCGGGCCAUAUACCUCUUCGUUGACUCCCUGAUGAAUCAGGACAAGCCGAGCUUUGCCUUCCAGUGCACGGACUCGAACCGCUUCAAAAAGGGGAUCUGUCUCAGCUGCCGGAAGAACCGCUGUAACAGCAUUGGCUACAACACCAAGAGGACGAGGAACAAGAGGAACAGCAAGAUGUACCUGAAAACCCGGGCAGGCAUGCCUUUCAGAGUUUAUCAUUAUCAGAUGAAAAUCCAUGUCUUCAGCUACAAGAACAUGACAGAAAUCAACCCCAUCUUUUAUGUCACCCUUUAUGGCACCAAUGCAGACUCACAGAUGCUGCCGUUGGAAAUAGUGGAGCAGAUCGGGCUGAAUGCCACCAACACCUUCCUGGUCUACACAGAGGAGGACUUGGGAGACCUGCUGAAGAUCAGACUCACCUGGAAGAGUACAUCUGAGUCCUGGUACGGCCUGUGGGAUGAGUUUCGCAGGUACCUGUCUCAGUCCCGAAAGUCUGAGCAGGAAGUGAAUAUCAGGCGCAUCCGAGUCAAGUCUGGGGAAACCCAGCGGAAAUUUACUUUUUGUGCAGAAGACCCUGAGAGCACCAGCAUAGCCCCUGGCCAAGAGCUCUGGUUUCGCAAGUGUCUGGAUAGCUGGAGAACAAAAAACGAGACCAGGCACACCCUGGAGCUUCUCUGAGGGUGCUAGCAAGGCCCCGCCCCGCCCCAAGCACAUGG